AUGUCGGAUCCUAAGCAGCAAUUUGAAAAGCUCUCGCUUGAAUUCAGUAAUCAGCAGACAACUUUGAAUGACCUAAUUUCUUCCAGAUCCAAGCUAGAAACACAAUUUCAAGAAAACAAGAUUGUUAUGGAGGAGUUAAAUCUUUUGAAUGACGAAUCUAAAAUCUUUAAGCUCACAGGACCCAUACUUAUGCCGCAGGAUUAUAGCGAGGCAAAGUUGAAUGUAUCAAAGCGUAUUGAGUUCAUAGAAGAUGAAAUAAGUAGGGUAGAGAAAAAGAUAGAGGAUAACCAGAAGAGCAUUGAGAAAACUAGAGACACAAUCUUAGAAUUAAGAUCAAAUAUGAACAAGUAG